AUGGAAUUAGAAAACGUUGAUGAGAUUGAAUUGUGUCAAAAUGUUGAGCCUCACGAAGUCGAGGAAACAGUUAAAUCAAAAGCUGUGGUCAAGUUUGCCCAGGUUCAGGCCCCAGUGAAAUUUAAUCGCCUAGAAUGUAAUACCAAUUUAAAUUUGCCACCGUCGAAUUGGUUGACUAGUGCCGACAACAAUUAUGGUCUACAGCAGGCACUGUAUCAUAAUCCCGGCUUUGCCAGUUUUCGUAUGGCUCAUAUGUUUCCCGAUUGUGUUGGCGAGGUGGAUGUAGUGGCCGAUGCCGAAAAUAUUAAGAAAUUGCUAAAACUGCCCUACGCUGCGAAAGGAGCCGUUAGCAUGACGGUGCAUAAGGUGGGAAAUACACUGUUGUUGGAUGAGUUCGAUAUACAAAAGUAUUUGUUGAGAAAGGCCGAUGAUGAUUGGAAUUGGUUGAGGACAUUUAUAAUGGAACAAAUAUUGGCCUAUGGUGAUGGUGGACAUAGUGUUUGUUUAAAAGACAAAUCACGGGAAGCUAUACAAACCAAAAAUUUGCUGUCCAAAUUUUUGUAUUAUUCAUUGAAACAGUCACCCAAUUGCGAGGCUAAUGAAAAAAUAGGCGCUGACGAAAAAGAAAAACGCACGGCUUUGCCGAUUACGGGACCUCUUUUGCCAGAGCCUAAGAUAGAAGAAAAUGUUCCAGACCCAAAUUCAUCUCAUGUUUUCCAACGCAAUGUUGUGUGGACUUUUGAGGAUAUACGGAUGCUAAUUGGUACUGACAUGCCUAUUUUUGGUGGUCCUAAUAGACCAUGCAUUAGCCUCAGGUUACGCGAUAUGGCAAAGCCCAUUAAUGUACUCACCGGCAUCGAUUACUGGCUUGAUAAUUUGAUGUGUAACGUGCCCGAAGUUGUGAUGUGCUACCACCUGGACGGCAUUGUCCAGAAAUAUGAAAUAAUCAAAACCGAAGAUUUGCCAUAUUUGGAAGACUCGCAAUUCUCACCGCAACUAGUUAAAAAUGUGGCACAAAAUAUUUUAUCAUUCUUAAAGGCAAAUGCCACUAAGGAAGGACAUACAUAUUGGCUAUUCAAAGGACGCAAUGAUGAUGUCGUAAAAUUGUAUGACCUAACAACGUUGUGUAAGAACCAAACAAGUUCCCAAGAAGAGAAAUGUGAUGAUGAUGACGAUGAGACUCAGGGUAAUCCGUUCACCGUACCAGUUGCUAUGCUUCUUUAUACUGUGGCUCGAAAUAUGAAAAAUCGUAACCCGUCAAUAAGUCCUAAGACUGCCGGAAACAUACGAGCUCUUUUGGAUAAUUGCAUUAAAUUAUUGCCCAAAGAAAAAUAUCCACAAAUAGUUACCUCGUCCCAUUAUAUACUAUCCGAUUUACAUAUUCCUGCUGGCAUUGAUCCAAAAGAUCCGAAAUUCGAUGUAUGUGAUGCUGACUCAGAUACACAAUCAGUGUACGAAGAGGAAGAUGACGAAGAGGAGGAAGAAGAAGAUUUCGUCUAUGAUAAUAAGGAGAAUGUUCAAGAUCUAAACAACGAUCAUAAUGUGGCCGUGCAGAAUAUAUGUGAUACCCUUAAAGAGUUUACGUUUGAUAAUCAUCAACCAAAAACUAAUAAACAGAGACCUUCGCCUCUCAUUGCCAGUGUAGAGGAGAGAUGCAGCAUUUCGUUGGAACAUAUUAACCAAGGUUUGUCGUGCCUUCAAUUUUUCAACAAAAACGAAGAGUCGUUUAUUAAAGAAUCUGAGGCUAGGGCUAAAGAUGAAGAGAAGGCCAGAAUUUUACACGAAGAACAGAAUCCGAAUAUGGCCAAACCAUUUAAACCAAUUCCAUUGCCUUACGAAUCUUUGAAAUCGCCAACGAAAUCAACAGAAACACAACAGGAGGUCACGACAACAGAACAGUCACUAGCCGAAACGAAAGGCAAGAAACCGAAAAUGAAAAAAUCCCAAAGUCGUGACUUGAAGCCAGUCUUAACAGCACCCCAACAAACCAGCGAUGGUCAUGCCAUGCCGUCACAACAAAUUGCUGUUAGCUUCAAUUCUCAGUUAUUCGGAUCCUGGAAUAUUCAUCUAAAAUUGUUGUUGCUGGAAAAGGCUUGUCUCACAUAUGCCACAUUGGCUGAAUAUAAAUAUGUCGAACAGAGAUAUGGACUUAGCUUGCGUUACAUAUAUAUGGCCUGUAAAUGUCAACAUGUGGUAUUGAAAUAUGUUUCCACAAUAGUAUCCCAGAAGCGUUGUCUCCUGGGAAGAGCUGGUGAUUGUCUCUUUCAAAUGGCUAAAAAUUGGGAGAACAUUGGAGAAAAUAUUAAAGAUUUCCAUAAGUCCGAUGAAACGGAAAAAUAUAUUGAAAUGGAACUGGAAAAGGAAUUGGAAGCCGAUGAUUGUUCUGAGCUAAUUAUACCGCAGGAAAAUAUUGAACAUCUUAUGGUAUCGAGUUGUGCAUGUUAUGAAAAUGCUUUGGAACUUGUUGAUAGUACCACCACGGCCAAGACAAAUGGCGAUGAAGAAGCUCGUCAUGAGUUAUUGCGACGUUUGGGCAAUGUUCGCAAUGAACUGGGUGUCAAAUAUAUGUUUUGGUCCCAGGAACAAUAUUCCAAACAUUUACAAGAGAACUCGGACGAGAAGAAGGACGAAACUAGUGAUGAAAAUAAAUCUCAAAAUAAUGAUGAUGGUGACGAAGAGAAAACUGCCCAAAAUGCAGAUCCUUUGUAUUUGAAAUUGGCAAUGAAAUCAUAUGACUGUUUAGUACGUGGUAUAAAAGCUUUUGGAUUGGUCGAAGACAAUGUAAACAUGGCAUUUUUAUAUUGCAACAUGGGACGGUUUAUGCGUUUUCGUGCUCAUCUAAUAACAAAUGAGAACAUUGAUGUUAUACAACAACAAAAACGAUUUUAUAACGAAGCAUUUUCAUUUUAUGAAAAAGCUCAGGAUGUUUUGGGAUCACGCAAAUCGAAUCCUGAAUUAUGGGAUUUGGUAAAUUGGGAACUAUCUACGGCAACAUUUACGUUGGCCAAACAAUUGCAAGAUUGUAGCAGUGCAGAUGAGACCUGUCGUGUUGAUUUAGAAAAGGAGGUAUUGGAUCUCUUGCAAAAGUCAUUAAAAUUAUGUGAUGUUGAACAUCCGGGUGCACGUCAAGUUGUUUAUACAUAUCGUUCUGGUUUAAUUCACCAAAGAAUUGCAUCCUUUCAUCACAGUCAAUUAAGAAACAAUUAUUCCGACUCGGCGACAUUACCAAAACCUAUACUCCAACUGUGUAAAUAUCAUUACGAAAAGGCCGCAGCUAUAUUGGAUAGUUUGAGAGAAGCAUCCGAUUAUUUGGUGGUACAAUUGGAACGUAUAUCGUUGCAAGAAUUUUUAACUGAGAAUUCUCUUCACAAUACACAGAAAAUUAAACACUUACAACAACUACUCGAUAUAUGUCUCAACUCCAAGUCAUUGUUUGAAUACGCUUUAAGUAAUUGGAAUUCGUCGUCUGAUAAUACUGCAAGCACAGUGGGCAGCAAUUCUGAAUCACCGGCAAGUGGUGCCAAUGAGACAGAAUUCCGAAAACAUAUACUUUUGUUUGAGAGUCGCCUACAGAAUGCCCUGAAGACCCUAAUAAAGCUGUUGUUGAACACAAAGGAUCCCAAACAAAAAGCUGACCUGUACAAAAAGAUGUAUAUGGAAACCUUGAAUAUUAGAAAAAUAACAGGUGUUCAGAAUGAGCAGACAAUGACUGUUAUGGUAUUGGCACAACAAUUUGCCAAUCUAUUGGAAAGACUGACACAAUUGGAACGAAUACAUGCAAAUAAUUUAAACAACAAUAACACCAACAAUGGAGCAAAUAAUACAAACUAA